ACGCCUUGUGAGCCGCUCGCGACUCAACUCACCACCUGACGGAACUCCGCCGCGACUGCAAGAAUCAUCCACAAUGGAAACAGUUAAGAAGGUUGAGGAGACGAUGCCCACAGACCUGGGAGCCCUUCUGGACGCUGGGGACGGCGCCAUCGUGAUGCUGGUGGCAGGCGACACACGGCUGGCGGCGCACCGGGCAGUCCUGGUGGACAGGAGCCCAGUGUUCGCUGCCAUGUUCCAGCACGACACGCUGGAGGCCAGCAGCGGAGAGGUGGCCAUCGCGGACGUGGAGGGCCCGGUGCUGCGCCAGCUGGUCUCAUACCUGUACACCCUGCGGGCCCCCCAGCUGCCCAGCAUAGCCCCCCAGCUGCUGGCCACAGCAGAUAAGUGCGCAUUGUCGGGGCUUAAGGCAGAGUGCGAGAAACAGGUGGCCGCAGAGUUGGCCCUGGAAACCGCAGCGGCCACAGCGGUUCUCGCUGUGAGGCACUCUUGUAGCAGCCUCAGGCAGGCUGCACUCACCUUCAUCAAGAAACACACCCAUCAGGUGAUGGCCACCCAGGGAUGGGCUGAUGCGAUGCUUCGUCAGCCUAAAGAUUUGAUUGAAGUGAGCCGGCUGCUCUCUGAUCCACCAGCAGAAACCAGCACACCAACCGCUACACAAGUGAGGUCCACCACCACCACCACCACCACCACCGCCAGCGCCACCCGCCAGUCCCACAGCAGUCAGAUUCCUGCUGCAGCUGUACCGGCAACAGCAACAGCAACGAUGUACAUUCAGAACUCUUCUGUUUGUUCGUUUGAUAGUUUCCUUCAUAAGGUGUGUUUGCUUAUAGUAAACAGUAAGAAUUCAUCUGUUAUUUGCAGGAGACUUUCUCAACAAGGGAAAAACAGAAGGCUGAUCCAGGCAGCUGAGCAGGGGGCCGUAGAGGAGCUGAGAGCACUGCUCGCUGCAGGGGCGGAUGUGGGGGUGAGAGGCAGGGGCGAACACAGGAUGCCUGCCCUACACUGGGCAGUGCAGGGGGAACAUACGGAGGCCGUGAGGUGUCUACUGGAUGCUGGUGCGGAGGUGAACGACAGGGACAGCGACCAGAACACACCUCUGCACUUGGCUGCAUACAGUGGUGAUGUGGCUCUGGUGCAGAUACUGCUGGAGUCAUCUGCUGAUCCCAACGCGAGGGAUAAGUGGGGGAGAACGCCGCUGCACGACGCAGUGUGGCGUGGCCACAUUGAGGCGGCGACUAUGCUGCUCGAUGCAGGAGCUGAUGGGGAUGUUAUGGAUGACGAUGGGUUCACCCCCCUGGACAAAGCCCGGCAGAAAAACAACCGGCAGCUGAUAGAUUUGUUAUCAUGAGGC